AUGUCGGCCAACAGCGCCACCACGCGCAAACUGCGCGCAGCGACAGCAGCAUCACCAAUCUCUCCUGUGGUGCUCGAGGCGCUCGGCGCGCUCGCCGCCAUCGAUUCAUCCCUCGCCGCCGGCGCUCGGCGCGGCCUGCGGCCAGUGGUGGAGGGCCGCGCCCUCGCGCUCGACCGGCGGCUGCUAGGUGCGAGUGGUGAGCUGCGUGCGGAGCUGGAGGGCGCGGAGCGCGAGCUGGACGCGCUGUGCGAGGCGAGCGGCACCGCCGUCGCACGGCUGCAGACGACGCGCGCCGCGACCGAAGUGCUCCUCUCGCAGACGUCGCAGCUGCAGGAGCAGGUGUCGCAGGCCAAGAAGCAGGAGCGGCUGGCGGGCGCGCUCGCCGAGGCGCUGCAGCUGUCGGCGGAGGACGAGGCGACGCUCAACGCGCCGCAGGACGCGCCCCUCUCCCUCGACGCGCUGCUGGGCGCGCUCGACCGCGUAGCUUCUGUCGGCGAGCGGGCGAGGCACCUCGAGGGAGGGGCACUCGCACAGCUCGGGCGCCAGGCGAGCGCGCGGAUGGACGCCUACGAGGAGCGGGGCUACGCCUCCCUCUUCCGCUGGCUCGCCGCAGAGGUCCCUCGCUUGCCGCCGCACGCCGCGCAGAGGCAGGCUGCCGCGCCCGCCAUCGCGCGGCUGCGGCGGGGCGUCGAUCGGCUGCGGCGCAAGCCGGCGCUGCUGCGUGCGUGUGUCGUCGAAGCGGCGGCCGCGCGCGCCGACGCGCACGUGUCGGCCUUCUCGCGCUCCCUCGUCGCUCCGGCGGCGGCGACGCGCGGCGGCGGCGGCGGCGCGGCGGCGGCGGCUGCGCUCGGCAGCGUGCUGUCCGAUUUGGCUGCGGCGAUGGAGGAAGAGAGGCGGCUGGCGGUCGCCUCCGCCUUCGAGCGCCUCGCGCCGCUGCUCACCGCGCACGUCGACGCGCUCACCGCGGAGAGCGGCGCGACGCCGCUGCCCUCCCUGCUCCGCCUCGCCGUCCACCUCCACCUCUCUGUCCCCGCCCUCCGCGCCGCUGCCGGACCCUCGCCGCCGCCGCCACCGCCGGCGCCGCCCGCCGCCGCCGCCGCCGCCGCCGCCGCCGCCGCCGCCGCCGCCGCCGCCGCAGAGAGUGCAGAGGGCGGCGGAGGCGGAGGCGGAGGCGGAGGCGGAGGCGGCGAAGAGGGCGACGGGGCUGCGCCGCCUCCGAUCGGGCUGGGUGAGGCGCUGUCGCGCUGCGCCAUGCUGACGGCACGGAGGUAUGAGGCGGCGCUGGCGGCGGAGGUGACGCCGCUACUGGGUGGCGCCGGCGCCAGUGGGGACGUUGCGGGGUGGGAGGGCGUGGUGGCGGCGACGCUGCACGCCUUCAUCGAGCCGCCGCUGCGGCUGCUCGGCGAACUCGCGGCGAGCGGCGCGGGGGGCGGCGGCGGCGGCGGAGGAGGAGGCGCAGGCGGCGGGGGAGGCGGCGGGGGAGGAGGAGGUAGCGGUGGCCUCGCUGCGACGCUGAGCCACGUCUUGCGGGGCGAGGCAACCGGCGGCGGCGGCGGCGGCGGGCCGCUCCGGCCGGAGGAGCGCGCCAUGUUUCUGCUCAACUGCGCCGAGGCGACGCGCGGCGUGCUCAGCGCGCACGCUGUCGCCGCGUCGGCAUGCGCCGAGCUGGACGCGCACACGGAGCAGCUGCUGGCUGCUCUCGUGCGCGCGACGGCAGACACUUUCUUCGAGGAGUGCGGCCUCGCGCCCAAGCUGGACGCGCUGCGCACCGCCGCCGCGCAGCCGCAGCUGCAGCUCUGCUCGAUGGUCGGGCUUGAGUCGCUCGCGCUCUCGUCGGCGACCCGCUCCUUCGGCUCGCCACCCUCAAUCGUCUCUUCACACACAUCGUCCCAUGAGCAGGCGAUGCGCUCCUUCUACUCACUCCUCUUCACGCGCGGCGGCGGCGAGCUGCUGCCGCACGCUCACCGGCUCGCCACGCCGCGCCUCCGCGCCGCCGCGUCGCGCCGCGCCGCGCAGAUGCUGGCGGCGACGCACAGGCGCAUGCACCAGCUCAUCUCGCGGCCGGAGAGCGGCUACGCCGACGGCGGCAGCGCCAUACUGCUGCACACGCCCGAGGAGGUGGACAGUCUGCUCGACGUGCAGACGGGCAGCGGGUAG